ACAGCCUACCAUGCCCUUUCUCCACCGUUGCUCGAGUCUUGGAAGGUUCCUAGCAGUUGGCGGGAAUCUAAUAUUAGCCUGCGGCAUACGAUGGGGCGCACACAUCCCUGAAUCGCGAAGCUGUGGUCUUGUGUCCCUACGCAAUGCUAUUGGGCAUACUGACAGCCGCGACUGGCGUGUGCAGAUCAGGGGGAGCGGAAAGGUGGGCAGGGUUUCCCCGUGGCAGCGCUGGAGCGCUGCAGUGAUUGUCGGAGGCUGCAAGUGUCGCUGUUUGCUCACGAUGAGCCGGUCGGCAGCCAGGGACCGCGAGAACAGAAGCGAGCCUGAGCGAGAGGAGCCGCCGCCGCACUGCAAGGACAGCGCAGGAAAGAGGCCGGCGGGGAAGGCGGCCGGUUCUGCUGCUGGGAGAGAAGGUUCAGCCAGGAGGAGUACGGCGAGAGCGGUGGCCCGCGGGCCCGUCUUUCGUCCGGCACCGGGCCGGCGGGCCAGUCUUCACGAGCUUUGAGAUGUCGGCUGGAGAGAGGCGCUGGGGCCGGCGAGAGCGAGGGCGAGCGCUGCUGUGGUGCGCCUUGGUGGCGGCGUGGGAGCUGGCGUGGGGGCAGCUCCGCUACUCGGUGCCCGAGGAGAUGCAGAAGGGCUCUUUCGUGGGCGACGUGGCCAAGGACCUGGGGCUGGAGCCGGCGGCGCUGCGCGCCCGCGGCGCCCGCGUUGUUUCCGAAGGUAAGCGGCAGUAUUUCGCUUUGAACUUGGAAAACGGCCAUUUAGCUGUCAACGAGCGUGUAGACAGAGAGGACAUCUGCUCUGGCGUUGCUAAAUGUGUCCUGAAUGUGGAGAUUCUUGUGAAGAGUCCAGUGAAGCUCUACAGAGGGGAGGUAGAAAUCCAGGACAUUAACGAUAACUCGCCCGUUUUCCCGGCAAGAAACAGCGUCUUAGAAAUCAUAGAGCAUACAGCGCCAGGCACGCGUUUCCCUUUAGAGAAAGCUGAAGACCCCGACAUCGGGGUGAACUCACUGCAAAAUUACGAGUGUAGCCAGAGCAGCUAUUUCACCCUGGAGGUAAGGACCGGAGCUGAUGGUGUGAAAUAUCCGGUACUGAUACUAGCGAACCCUUUGGAUCGGGAAGAGCAGGCAGUUCAUAACUUGCUCCUGACAGCAAGUGAUGGCGGGAGUCCGGUGAAAUCGGGCUCGACAGCAAUCCGCGUCGUCGUGUUAGAUGGAAACGACAACGCGCCGGCCUUUACUCAGUCCGUGUAUGAGGUGACCGUGAGAGAAGAUGUGGCCGUGGGAAGUCGGGUGCUGCGGGUGACAGCGACUGACAGGGACGAGGGGCCAAACGCCCAAGUCAGGUACUCGUUCCAUAAAGUCCCGGAGAAAGUGGACAGGACUUUUCAACUGGACCCGGAGAGUGGGGAAAUUACCGUCACAGAAAGGCUGGAUUUCGAGAGAAGGGCCUUUUAUGAGCUGGACGUGCAAGCCCGAGACGGAGGUGGACUCUCGUCCCACAGCAAGGUUCUCAUCACCGUCGCUGACGUGAACAACCACGUCCCAGAGAUUGUCAUUACGUCGGUGUUCAGCCCGGUCGCGGAAGAUUCGCCGCUGGGGACAGUCGUUGCUAUUGUCAACGUGCAGGACCGGGACUCGGGGGCGAACGGGGAGGUGAGGUGCAGCAUCGCCGAAAGCCUGCCGUUCCGCCUGGAGAGGACUUUUGACAAUUACUAUAGCCUGGUAACCGACGGGGAGCUGGACCGGGAGGAGGUGUCGGAGUACAACGUGACGGUGCGGGCGACGGACGGCGGGUCGCCGGCGCUGUGGAGCAGCGCGGUGCUGCCCCUCGACGGCGGCAGCGGCAGCGACAGCGACAGCGGAGACGCCCUCCCGUGUGGUCAGCAUACGGAUGUACCUCCCUUGUGUAUAUAUAUUCACACUGCGAUCCUGGUGCAUCACCGGGAGAAAUGGUGUGUGCAGCUGGUGUUCGGAUGA